AAUAAGUUCAUCCAUGAAAUUUCCUUGCUACCAAAUAUUUCACAGUCAACUGUUAGUGGUAUUAUAGCAAAGUGGAAGCAACUGGGAACAACAUCAAGUCAGCCACGAAGUGGUAGGCCACGUAAAAUGACAGAGUGGGGUCAGCGCAUGCUGAAGCGCACAGUGCGCAGAUAUCACCAACUGUUUGCAGAGUCAAUAGCUAAAGACCUCCAAACUCCAUGUGGCCUUCAGAUUAGCACAACAAUAGUGCAUAGAGAGCUUUGUGGAAUGGGUUUCCAUGGCCGAAUAGCUACAUCCAAGCCUUGCAUCCCCAAGUGCAAUGCAAAGCAUCAGAUG